AUGCCGGUCGCGGGAGAAGGUCAAGAGGCUCCCGUUGCCAAACCGACGACCCAGGUCUGCCAACACUGCAAGGUCCGUCACCGGAAGUGCGACCUCCAGGAGGAUGGCUGUCAACAGUGCAAGGAUGCCGGCAUUGUUUGCGUACGCCAGUCGUCGCUCAAGUUCCGUUACCAUCCAAUGCAGAAGGCCUUGUCGCGCGCAUCCUCGCGUUUGUGGCGUCCGUGUCCGCUCCCUCAAGGGCCGGCGCAAUUCUACGACGAGACUCCCGAACUGCGCGCAUUUUACCUCGAGGAGAAGGAACUGCCUCGCACUCGGUCCAGUAGACGGUUUUCACCCUCCGUUUCACACGAGUCCUCAAAUCAGAGCAUGCCAGCCAACAACGUCUCAGAGGAUGGCGUCAGUCACAACCAUGUCAUCUCUCAUUUCCCGGAGGAUUCCAUGUCACUAGAAUAUCCGAUGGACGACACUUCGCCCUUGUCUGAGUACCUGAUACAACAGUCAUCGCCUUUGCAUGAGCAGCCAGUGGAUACUUGUCCACCUCUGACUCCAACCGAGGCGCUUCUCAUUCGCAACUUUACCGACCACAUGGCCCAGUGGACCGACAUUGCAGACCCCUUUCGGACAUUUGAGACCGUCGUAUCGAAGCUAGCAUUGACAGAUCUCAUAAUUCGAAACGCCGUCUGUGCAUUCUCGGCUCGUCAUUACUACCGCGAUCAAGUGGAAGAUGGCAAUGCGAUAGCUCUAGACUAUCAAACUCGAUGUCUCCAGCUUCUCAUACCGUCCAUGUCCGGUGGCCAGAAAAUCACCGAGAGUAUUCUGACCGCUGUUGCUCUAUUGAGACAAAAUGAGGAAAUGGACGAACAAGACAAUCGCUUCCACUUAGAAGGCACUUCUCGCAUCCUUAAUAUGGUUCCCGAAUUUUCAACCAUUGGCGGAGUUGGCGAAGCCGCAUGUUGGCUAUGCUUGAGGGAAGAUAUUUACAUCUCUUUGACUACACAAACGCCAAUCAAGACGGCGCUGGAUUGUUUCCCGGAUUGUAUCUCAAUUCGCCGCAAUGACGAUUAUUCUUGGGCGAGCAAGUCUAUUCUCAAUCUUGCAUUUCUUCUCAAACGAGCCUUCUGUGAACCUAGAGACGCCUCCCGUUUAGCACUGUCUGAAGCCGAGAUCGCCGACUGGGACAAGUGCAAACCGACCUCAUACCGGCCCAUUCACGUUGAAGCUCGAUCACGAUUGGAGGGUCGCUGCUUUCCAAAGAUAUGGAUGCUGCUGCCAUACCACGCCGUUGGUUUACAAUAUUACCACAUGGCCCAGAUCGUCCUCAACGCAGUGAGGCCGCGAGAGGUUGUACACACUCAUGCAUAUUUGGCUGAGAGCAGAGCGAUAGCGCGGCGAAUUCGACAUCACCUGUUCAUGGUACUGGGCAUCGCUACUUCAAAUGACCGGGCCGAGAAUACAUGGUUUACUGCGAGGCACUGUUUGGCGGUGUGGGGAGCAUAUUUACAGCAUCCGGCUGAUCAAACAGCCGCUCUCGAAUUUUUGGAGAAAUGGCGCCAGCGAUCCGGAUGGGAAACCUCUGUGCUCGUUCAAUCCCUCCGACAACAGUGGAAGGAGAAUAAUGAGGACGAUUGA